GAAACUGUCAACAACCUCAUUCUAUGUCGGUGACCUGGCGACAAGAUGGAGUACUGGGGGACAUGACUUGAAACCAAGUCAAACUUAGUUUACCAUCUAUGGUUACUGUCAUACAUUUCCUAGAAUCUAGAUGACACUAGCGAAGAGUCCCAGAAGUACUUUCUACGGGUGACAGUCAACUGGCGGCAGCUCGUCGCCAAUCACAUAAUCCUAUUUGUGUUAUUUACAUUUCAGAGUUACGGUGAAUAAGACUCCACAUAUUAUUCACUCUUGUCAUCAAUUUUUGUAUGUGUUGAGGGUAGAAAUCGGAAUCAUUCAAGAUGCCAGUCGCACAAAAUAGACUUGAAACGUUGCAAGUGUGUAAAUUAUUGCAAUGUGUUCGAGAAAGAGACCGCCAACAAAUCGAGAAGCUCACUUUGAGCGGUCUCCCUCACUUGAUCAACUACAACGAUCCAACUGAAGGCACCACGGCCUUGAGUGUUGCUGCGAUCGCCAACGAUGAUGAAAUGAUUGAAUUUCUAUUAGAUCUCGGUGCCCAUCCAGAUGUGAUGGAUUUCAAGGGACGCACUGCAGCAAUGAGGGCAGCAGAGUACGGCCAUGUCCACUGUCUGGAGAAACUAGUCAAGGCGAGUGCCAAUCUCGGCCUGACAGAUCUCGAGGGAAAGGGAAUCAUCUUCUACUGCAUAUCACCGACACAGCGUCACGCCAAGUGUAUGGAGGUUGCCGUUAGCAACGGGGCGGAAUUGAACAAUGUUGCCAAGGAUGGAUGUCCUGUGUUCCUGUUUUCGUGUGAGUCUGCUCAGGAGAAUGAGGACAUGUGUCUGUUGCUGCUACAGAAGGGGAGCUGACCCAAACAGUAAAGUAGAG